GCCCCCCAUUUAAAUUUUCAUGUCAACAAAAGGGUGUGGAAGUCGAUAGUCAAAGAAUCAUCUUCUCAUUCAUUAUUCCCGAAGUAUUAGUGCUGACUUUGAUUGAUAGGAACAAUAUUAUGUACUUCUCAAAACUAUCGUCGCAUUAAAAAAAGUUGUGGACCGAACGCAAUAGCAGAUACAUACAUACGCUAACAUUGACGUAACGGCCAGGAGGAACAUGACCCGCUCUACCCGAUUAAAUUUUAUGCCUUUCUAAAGUGAAGUGCAAGUUAAGCCUGCCCCUCGGGAGAGGAGGAAGUCCUCAACUUCCCUAAAGAUGGCAGCUACUCCACAAAACGACUACAUCAAGUCGCCGUUUGAGCAUGUCUUCAACUACCUGAUACCGCAGGGUCACGAAAAGGCCCUUCGACAUGCACUCUACAAUGCCUUGGCACUCUUUCUCCUCAUGGUCUGCACCUGUGUCGGCUAUGCUGUCUGCUUCAUCAUGGAGCCUUUUAUGAAACCCUUGCUCUGGGCGCUCCUGUGCGGAUCUGCCCUCCAUCCUUUCAAGCAAUCGCUCGUGAUUUACUUGAAGUCCUGGUUCUCCAGCCUUAAGGGGAACUCUACUCCGUUCAUCGUAGGUCUGGCUGUUACUCCGUUCCGUGUGGUGAACUCCUUCUCCAAUCUAAUUGGAAACCUCAUCUACAAGCACCUGACGGCAUUGCUGGCCGUGGUGGGCACGGUUUUUAUAGCAACCCUGGCGUACCACUACAUGCCGCGUUUCGUAAUCAUCAUUGCCAAGGUCUGCGGCUCCUUCACCCUGGCCAUCAUCAACUGGUCCGUGUCCCACCUUAGCUUUUGGCUGAUCACUUGCGUUGCUGCUGGGUAUGUGGUCCUGCUGUGCCAGAGCAAAAGCGAAUCUUCCCAGCGGAAAUUGUCUGUGAUGUCUUGCAUUUUAUGGCUGGCCACUGUGUGCUGGGCGUUCACCGCUCUGUUCAACUCCAGCAUCGAGAGCAAAGCUUGGAACGUAGCGAUUUUCUCCUUUGCCUCACUACUGCUCGCUGUGGGCUUAGGCAUGGAGGUCUGGGAAACGCACAUUCAACGAAAGCUGAAGGGUAGUGAAGCCUCUUUGCUGGAAACGAUAAAACUAGUCUUCCUACAGGAAGCAAUCCCAGAGCUGUUGCAGAAUGAUAUUAAAGAGGAUGAUGAUGAUGCUGAUUCUGAAGACGCGCAGCUGGAAGAAACGCCUCAAAGACCAGAGGUUGCAGCUGUAGAUGUGAAAUCGCCAAUUGGAGCUGCGACAGACUCUAUUUGUUCUCCAGACACAACCGACCACCGUGGUCUUGGAGGCAAAAGACUUGCGUUCAGGAACAUUAGGCCAAUGUCUUUGAUGUCCAGCAGAUCGGGGCACAUCACAUAUUUUACCAGCACGCCAUUCAGGCCUCGACAUAGGAUUCCAGAAAGUUUCUUGGUUGCUUCUAUAGCACCUCCAGAAGGCUUGAAUAGCAACCACUGCUUGAUGGCUGUCGGUUGGGCUUGCCUCGCCAUGUUUUUGUACAAAAACACAUGGCUGCUUGGAGUUGUGCCACUGCCUCUGGUAUUCUACUGCAUCAGCAAAGGCUUGUCAUAUUUUGGCGUGAAGCAGUUCAUCUAUGCCAAAUCUUCAGAUAUAUGGUUAUUAGUGGUUGACUGGUGCAAAGAGCGAGAAACUUCACUCUUUCCACCGCCUAUCAGAGGAGUCAUAAAGAUAAUUGGACGGGCUCACAACUGGGGUGCAUCUUUUGUAGAAAAUUCCAUUGACAUGGCUGCAAGUGUCGUUGUCAUAUUUGGACUCAUCAUUCUCUCCCUCAUGCUCACUAUCUUCAUCUUAAUCCAGAUUUACGGUGAAGGAGUGCACAUUGUUCAGACCGCAGCUCAAUUUGCAAACACCACCAUUGUCAACAAUCCUGAGCUGCUGCAAAUGCUGCCAGAAGGCAUUGGCGAUGGGAUUAAGCAAAUGCUGGACAAUGCAUAUCAGUAUGGACGAGAGGGGAUAUCAAACAUGGUCAGAUACAUGAUUGGUAAUCAAAUGGACACGACAAAAGCGUCUCAGCUUGAACACCAGGUGUUGGAGCUGUGGGAUCGCCUUUACCAGGUGUGGGUUAUCAGCGCAGCUUCAAACGAUAACAAUGUGCACGGACCAGUCGUCACGAGCGAUGCAGUUUUCUCCAGCUGGGACUCUCUUGUCAGCAGACUGACCACCACUCCAGAACUUCUUGAUUUUGGAGCCAUGACAGGUUGGUUGAAGGCCAACAUGGGCACCCUGACCUCGGUGAUGGCGUCAGUGUGGACGCUUUUACAGGACAAUCUAAGCCUCUUCUUUGGUUCUCUCACCACGCUGCUUUCAAUUGUCCUUGGAGGCGGGACUGCAGUACUUAACUUUCUUCUAAGCCUCGUUGUCUUCUUCACUGCCCUGUUUUAUUUGCUCAACUCGAGCGGCUCUUUGUACAAGCCGGUGGAGCUCAUCACCAACUUUAGCCCAACAAACGGCAAGCGCUUUGGUGAAGCCUUGGAGGCGUCCAUAAACGGAGUUUUUAGAGCCUCUUUCAAAAUGGCUGUGUUCUAUGGGUCUUGGACGUGGCUCAUCCACAAUUUGUUCCACGUCAAAAUUGUGUACCUUCCUUCAGUUUUGGCCGCAAUGCUUGGUGCUGUGCCCUUCCUAGGCACAUAUUGGGCUAGUUUGCCUGCCACCUUGGAACUUUGGCUUGCGCAAGACAGGGGGUUUGAAGCUUUACUCCUCUUAGUGUGCCAUUUGUUGCCAGCAUCAGUUGUCGACACCACAAUCUACUCUGAAAUCAAAGGAGGAGGACAUCCCUACUUGACGGGCCUUGCCGUUGCUGGAGGAAUACUUUGCUUGGGAGUGGAGGGUGCAAUAAUUGGGCCUCUUCUACUCUGCAGCCUUUUCGUUGCUGUGAACCUGUCAGGCACUUUAAUCAAAGAGAAAUCAGAGCCAACCGUCGACGAACGAACUAUCCAGGCUCUCUCCCACAGAUCAAUCCGCAGAUAACAAACAAUGAUUUUCUAACACCUCAAUUCUAUGACUCUCAUCAAGAGAGCAUUAAUGUCGAUUGAUAAAUUGAUUGUAUAUUGAGACUCGCGUUCUUUGCUAGUGCUCUGAAGCUUGAAUAUAAUCAAAUUAUUUGAUGGCAUUUAAAGUAAUCAUGGCAAACAUAAUUAUGAGAGCGUUUUUUAACUAAACUUUGGUUACCACCAUUAAUUUUUGUAUUAAUGUAUCUUUAUAAUAUUUAUAAAUAAUUGAGUAUUUUGUUACCGCACUGGAAUGAUCUGACCUUGGCAUUUACUAAUGCGUCUACACUUGACUGCACAUAUAUAGGCUGAUAUUCUGUAGCUUCAUGUAUACUAAAGGCUUCUUAAAUUAUUUUUGCUAAAACUUUUAAAAUUUCCUGUGAAAGAAAUAAUUUGCUUGAGUGGUACAAAUAAUGCUGUAUUAGUGAUUGCAUUGUAACUUUAAAGCUCACUGUGGCAGCUGGUAUUUCAUUUUUGCUAUCCAGCUUGUUUGUUUUCUUAAACUAAUGAACUAAUGUCAAACUGAUAUUGAAGCAAUUCUAUAAAACACUCAAAGUUUUGAGACCAGCACUUUGAUUUAUAACAAUUAUUACAAAUAAAAGUCAUCAUAUUAUGCUA